AUGCGAGUCAACUCGACAGAUGAAUUGGAAGUAUAUGAUGAAAUCGGUAGAGGUGGAUUUGGAGUGGUGUAUAGAGGGAUAAUAACUAAAACUCAAAAAGAAGUUGCAAUAAAACAAAUUGAUUUGGAACAAGAUACAACAGAUCUAAUCGAGAUAAAUAAAGAAAUUCAAAUAUUAAGUGAGUGCAAUUCUCCACAAAUUACUACUUAUUAUGGUUCCUUUGUCAAAAACUAUAAGCUAUGGGUGGUAAUGGAAUUUGUCGAUGGUGGAUCAGUUUUUGAAUUACUUAAAGCAACUGGAGGCACAGGAAUUAAAGAUGAAAAAACCAUUGCAUAUAUCACAAAGAAUGUAUUAUCAGCGUUAUCAUAUUUGCAUAGUCAAGGGAAAAUUCAUAGAGAUUUGAAAAGUCAGAAUAUUUUGGUCAACAAGCAAGGUCAUAUAAAACUUACUGAUUUUGGAGUAAGUGCCCAGUUGAAUUCAAAUUUUUCCAAAAGAAACACAACAGUGGGAACUCCGUAUUGGAUGGCGCCAGAAGUGAUUUUGAAUUCAAGUGGUGGUCAUGGAUAUAAAGCUGAUAUUUGGUCAUUAGGUUGUUGUUGUUAUGAGAUGUUUCAUGGAAAACCCCCUUUACAGGAUUCAAAUCCACCAAUGAAAGCAUUAAGAUUAAUUUCAAAAUGUCAAACCAACGGAGAUUUCAUCAGAAUGAUAGAUUUAAAAAACUUAGAAGUAUCUGAAACAUUUCGAGACUUUUUGAGUUUAUGUUUUGUUGAGGAUACUAAUUUAAGAUCCAAUGCUAAAAAAUUAUUAAAGCAUAAAUUCAUUACUCAAAAAAUUGAAGAUGGUUCAAAGUCAAUCAAAAAAUUGAUCACCAAAAAGCUAUUACACGAUUCAAAGAACAAAUCAUCUGAUGAUUAUAAAGAUUAUUAUGCGUCCACUGAAAUACAAAGAAAUCAAGAGAAGUGGAAGACUAUGAAAGAUGACCACCAACAAGUCAAUUUUGAUAUCAGCAUGAUCAGUCAUAGUACAGAUGGUAACGACACAAAUGGAACACCAUCGCCGAACAAAGGCCUGUCUAAUCUUGAUCACCAGUUUCAACAAAUAUUGAUUAAAGUAUCAGAGAAGGUAUUGAGACGGUGCAAUCUGGCAAAAGAUCAUAGGUCAAAUAUAAACGAAUUAAACGAAAACAUAAUGCGCCUUUUGACUAAAAAUGACGAUGGUGAAGUUGUUGCAUUUCAAUAUUUAAAGACACUUAUCAAAGAAUUGACGAAGAACAAAAACUAUGAACUUACUAAACAAAUUCUACCGUCAAAACCGUCAAUACGGCAAGACAACUUGAACUUUACCACUAGCUCACAUACACUUGUGAAUCCAUCGACAAUGAAUAGAUUUGACGAGAUAGAGCGAAGUUUAAUGGACUCAUGGAUACAAAGAAUGAAAGAAUAA